GUCUUCAGUACGAGGAAUUGAACAUCAAAGGGAAGAAGCACUCCUGAGCGGGAAGGCGUCAAGACUUGUAUGGUCGCCACGCUUGAUUACCUGGGUCGACCUUGUCCCGCUUCGCCCUUUCCCUUUCUUCUGAUUGACAUUCACCCGCACUGCCUACAAGACGGGAAUUAGCGAACCCUCCGCGCACAGUUCCCUGUAUCCUUCACGGCUCGCAGAAGGGCAACUCGUUUGGUAAGGCUACGAUCGCUCUCGGCCGUAAGCACACCAGCAAGGCUGUCAUACCUGCGGCAUCGCGCUUUAUACCCAAUUCGGCCGCUGGCAGAUCGCUGGUCAUUGCUAACAAAUCUACCCAACUUCAACGGCCUUACGUCCUUAACAGGUACGGGGCGGAGAGACUCAAAGCAAGACGCAAAGAUUGUGGGUUACGGGCAUAUUUUAUAAGAGCAGAAACGCGGAAGUCGUCCGAAGCAAAACUUUUUCGAGAACCAGCCACUGUGACGUUCAGAGACGGCCACUCAGGUCCCUUUCCAGUCUUGAACGUUCAAAUACAAAAAUGGGAGCCUCGGGUGCAAAGGCGGCCGCCAUUGUACACUAUCAUGAUUGGCCAAACUCUAUGGGGUUCGAUGUGAACUAUGAAGAGAAGACCCCAGUUGAGUUGAGGGUGCAAGGCGUCAUUCCGGCCUACGCAGCGGGCACUCUUUUUCGUACCGGCCUCGGGCCAAGGUCAAUCCACACAUCCAAGGACAUUGAGUUCAAAGUCAAUCAUUGGUUCGAUAACUUCUCCCAGGUGCAUCGUUUCCAGAUACACGCACCCCAGCCAGACUCGAAAGUGCGGGUCACUUACAAUUCUCGCUUGGUUAGCGAUGGACUGAUUGAAAGGAUCAAAAAGACCGGAAAGCUAGAUGAAUUCACAUUCGCCGCAAAGUACGAUCCUUGCAAGUCCUUAUUUCAGAAAGUACAAGCUGCCUUUCAGCCGUCGGCCCCUCCACCAAAGCCGAACGAGGUCAACGCCGCAGUAACCAUGUCGGUCAACUUUCCCGGCUUCGCAAGAGAUGGACAUAAGGAAGAGGGUCCUCGAGGUCCCAACCAAGCGAUGACUCUAUGCAAUAAAACAGAUGCCAACAUCUUUCAGUUUCUCGAACCAGAAACCCUGGAGCCUCUAGGCAUCGCUCACCAGGCCAUUCUUCAUCCUGACCUCAAGGGUGUGGGCAGCGGUGCACAUGCCAAAUCAGACCCCGACACAGGGGACGUCUUCAAUUACAAUCUCGACUUUGGUCGCACUGGGACGUAUCGUCUGUGGCGCGUUUCGGCGUCUACAGGAAAGACCUCUAUUUUGGCUACAUUCCACCACGCCGCAGCCUACCUCCACUCCCUCUUUCUGACCGAGAACUAUGUGAUUUUGUGCGUCUGGAAUUCGUUUUACAAAGCCGGAGGCGCAUCUAUUCUAUGGAACCGAAAUCUUCUGGAUGCAAUGGCAUGGGAUGGUAAGCGGCCAACCACCUGGUUUGUGGUUGAUAAGAGGUCCCCGGAGGAAGGCGGUAAAGGUGUCAUCGCUAGAUAUGUUUCUGAUGCGUUCUACUCCUUUCACACCAUCAACGCAUACGAGGAGCCAUCGAAGACCCAACAAGGUGCUGUCGACAUCGUAUGCGACCUGGCGGCAUAUGAGAACAUGGAUGUUCUUCACCACUUCUAUCUUGACAACCUAAUGAGCGAUCACCCUCAAGCACAUGCCUGUGCGGACUCAUUGAGUUCUAGCUCACGCCCGAGCUACCGCCGGUAUCGCCUGCCAGUCAUACCAUCGACGCCAAAACCUGGGCAUUCCAGAGCUGAUCUGGAGUACGCGAGUACGAAGGUCGAUGCAUUCGAGCUUCCCACCAUCAACCCCAAAAUGGUGACAAGGAAGCAUCGGUACAUGUAUGGGAUCACUGACACAGGAAAGUCUACCUUUGUCGACGGCCUUGUCAAGUACGACGCCGAGACACAUGCAACAACACGAUGGAGCGUCCAUGGCCAGAGCCCAGGAGAGCCAAUAUUUGUGGGAGACCCCCAAUCUAAGGAUGAAGACGGCGGAGUGCUCCUGUCGGUGGUCCUCGAUGGCGCAGGAGGAAAGAGCUAUCUCCUUGUGCUCGAUGCGAAGACGAUGACGGAGGUCGGGCGUGCGCAUGUCGAUGGUGUGAUUGGGUUUGGAUUCCAUGGCCUGCACGUUAGUUCCAGAGAGGCGGUUGGCAGGUUCAACGGAUUGCAUUUGUAG